AUGGAGAAGAGUAGUGAUCAUCACAAGGCUAGCCAAGGAGGCUCCGUUGUUGGUUCGACGGAGAAGUGGGAGGAGGUUAGUCCCGGAAUCCGAACCGUCGAGACGAUGCUCCGGUUAGCUCCGGUGGGGCUUUGUGUUGCGGCGCUUGUUUUCAUGCUUAAGGACUCGGAGGAUAAUGAGUUCGGCUCAAUUUCUUACUCCAAUCUCACAGCUUUCAGGUACUUGGUGCAUGCGAAUGGAAUAUGUGCAGGCUACUCACUUCUCUCAGCAGCCAUUGCAGCUAUGCCUGGUUCUUCUUCCACAAUGCCUCGUGUUUGGACCUUCUUCUGUCUCGACCAGAUUCUGACCUACGUGGUUCUUGCUGCUGGAGCUGUGUCAACAGAAGUUCUUUACUUGGCUUACAAUGGAGACGACCCCAUUACUUGGAGCGAUGCGUGUAGUUCCUUUGGCGGUUUCUGCCAUAGAGCUACUGUUUCGGUCAUAAUCACAUUCGUCGUGGUUUGCUUCUAUGUCGUUCUCUCUCUCAUCUCCUCUUAUAAGCUCUUUACUCGCUUUGACCCACCAGCCAUCGUUGAAUCAACCAAGAACGUCGAAGUUGCUGUAUUUGGAAGUUGA